GGGAGAAAAGUGGUUAUCUGAGCCGGCCGAGGAACGAGGCCGGCACAGAUUUUAGUCUACGUGCAAAAUAAGCAAGGUGGUGCAGCGCUUCUUGCUCCUGCCCACCUCGCAGUAUUAUCCUAUUCCGAGUGUCAGCUACUCAUGUCUACGUCUUUUUGCAUCCUUUUAAUUGGUAAUGCUCAUGGAGGACCCUAACAAAGCCAUAAGACCAGACUUCAUGUCCCCAGAGCACCAAGAUGAGCAUCAGCCGCUCAUUGCCAAGGGUCUCUCAGAAGAACAAGCUGCUCGUUCACUAGCAGCCCUAUGGAAUGUGAACAACAACGCUGACAAAGAGCGUUGGGCCCUCAGACAACAAUGUCUACAGGACAUUAGACAACGAGAAGAGGAGGACGAAGAACAACGCCAGCAAUUACUCAAAGAUGAGCAGGAAGUUGUCCGUCGGGAAGAGAGGAAAAAGAACAAGAAUAAAUAUGCACCACUAGUGCGAGGGAAAGUACCAUCUGACCCAACCAUCAUUCCUAUGCAAUAUGCAUUAAGGAAACUAAAGGUGGAAAAUUACUGUGAGCUGCAUUACUUUACCAACAAGGGCCUUGAGGAUGCUAAAACAUCCAACCUCGUGGCAGAACCAGAUGCAAUGGUAAUGCUACCAUCCACUGACGGGUUACACUCCUGGGUUCCCGCAGCCACAGUGAAAGAUCUGAAAGCUGCUCCCAUUGUUAAAGAUGAAAACCUUUCUUGGGAAGACUUCAACGAAGCAGCCCCCCGCAUGAUCUCGUCGAUGAAAAAAGCUCUGCUCCUCUACCAGUCGCAGCAGCAUCAUCACUGGCACAUGACUGUCGGUACCGCACAGAGCUGGAGCCUUGAAGAACUUAAUCAAGACCUUAUCGCCAAAGCUCGAGAGGAGUUGUUCAACGAGAAAUGA